AUGGAUCUCGACCUUGCUGGAGUACAUGUCCUGGUAACUGGGGCGAAUGGAGGGAUCGGUUUAGAGACCGUCAAAGUGUUCCUCGAGCAAGGCGCAAGAGUAACCGCACAAUACCGCUCUUCUGCUGCAUCCUUGCAACCUUUGAUCGCCGAAUACCCGUCCACAUUAUCCCUCGCGCAGGCGGAUCUGGCAUCUGAGCCUGCUGUUCAAUCUCUCUUCGCCGCGCUCUCCACUCCCGUCGAGGUUUUGGUCGUAAACCACGCCGUGUAUACUGGCCAGGCACCACUGAAGGACAUGACGCUCGCGCAUUGGUCGAAUACGCUCGACAACAACCUUACAAGCUCUUUCUUAGUCGUGAGAGAGUACUUGAAGGGGCUUGAAGCUGGCAUUGCGGCAGGCGUAGGGCGCUUUGGCGAGCGCGCUGCGGUGGUCAGCGUAGGGAGCACAGCAGGAAAGUACGGAGAGGCGGGAAGUGCAGACUACGCGGCGACCAAGAGUGCCUUGAUGUACGGCUUCACGCUUUCCCUCAAAAAUGAGAUUGUGAAGAUCGCACCGCGCGCACGUGUCAACUGUGUGGCGCCAGGCUGGGUGAAGACACCAAUGGCUACAGAAGCACUUGCGAACCCGCAUAUUAUCUACCAGGCACUGGCUACGACACCGCUCAAAAAGGUCGCCGAGCCGCGCGAUGUAGCCAACCAGAUAGUACUGCUGUCCAGUACGAAGGUUUCUGGACACAUCACGGGCCAGGUCCUGAUGGUCGAGGGAGGGAUGGAAGGCCGCCUUCUUAAUCGCGCUGCAGAUCUUGGGCUGCCGGCGGAUGCAUAG